GCCGCCUUCUUCAUCGCGUCCCCCGACAAGCACCCUACAUUUUAGACGCCACGAUGAACCCAAAAGUCUUUGACAUCCGCCUCCAAGACGGCGUCAAAGGCCGCGAGAUCAGGACCCAAAGCGCUGUCGAGACCAUCCUCGAACCGCUCCUCGCGCCAUACGACCCUGCCCUCCUCGAGGAAGUCUACUUCAGCGGCAACGUCAUUGGGAAGGCCUCUGCCACCCGCAUCGCCAAAUUUCUAGAACCAGCCAAGAACCUAAAGCUUGCCCACUUUGCGAGCGUCUUCUCGGGCCAUGGUCAAUCGAGCACGGGAGAGACCACCGAGGCGCUCGAGAUCCUCUUUGACGUCCUCAAGGAAAAGAAGGAGCUCGCCAACAUCAACUUCUCCCAGAACGCCAUCGGCCCCAACGUGAUCGACCCCGUCGCGAGGUACCUUGAGGGUGCGCUCUCGCUCGAAGUCCUUACCCUCACCGACAACGGCCUCGGCUCGGAGGGCAGCCGACGCGUCGUCAACGCGCUCAGCCGAUGCGCAGGGAAGGCCCGGAGCGCAGGACAGACGCCCAAGCUCCGUGUACUCAACUGUCGGCACAACAACAUAUAUCUACUCGACACGCCGUUCAAGCUCGUCGAGGUCAACGGCACCCCUAACUCAAAAACUCCAUCUGCACCCACCAGCAAUAAAAAGUCCGAAGACGCCUCGAUCUAUAACCCCGCCAUCUGGUACACCGACGCCAAGAAGCGCGACUACGGCCCUUCCAACAACCCCGCGGACGCGUGGAAGGCCGCGCUGCUCGCGCUCGACGGCCUGCAGGAGCUCUCCAUCGGCGAUCACAACGAGCUCAAGCCCCCGCAGAUGCACAUGCUCGCCAACGUCCUCUCUACGCGCCCGAACAUCACCAAGAUCAACGUCGAGGAAGGCACGAUCCCGCACGGCCCCGUCUCCGACGCGUGGGUGAAGGCGGUCAGAGGGUGGAAGAACCUGCGCAGCCUCAAUAUCGCUGCAACGACGAGCGUGGACGACGACGGCGAGGAGGACUCGGGGCCGCGGGAAAUCGUUCGGGUGCUCAUGGAGCGCGAGAACCCGAAGCUCGCGUAUCUGAAGCUCGAGGGGCUCGAGCUCGGCGCGGACUUUGUCAAGGAGCUCGCGGACGCGAUCACGAAGGAGAACCGGUUCCCGAAGUUGCGGACGCUUAUAUUGGAGGACAACGAUAUCGAGCUGGACGACGACGGGGUGCCGGAGGAGAAGGAGGAGUUCGAGGAGCUGAUGAGCUGGUUCGAGGAACGCGGGGGAUACUUGGUGUUCGAGGGCUCGCAGAAUAUCAAGGAUGAGGAUCAGCUGACGGCGGCGGUAGCAGUGGAGGAGGAGGAGGAAGAGGAGGAAGAAAAAGGAGCAAAACCGCCCACUGCUGCCCCCGAAAAGCCAGCACCCAAAUCAGCCGUGGACAAAGCUACGGACGCACUCGCGGACCUCCUCAACAAGGUCCAUAUCGACUGAUCAAUCUAAUAGAUGUUCGUGGCCCAUCAUCUUGUUCCUUGCUGCCCCGCUUCUUUCUUCACGUCUUGCAUCGCUCGGGCACCAUCUACAUACUUACUCACUCUAGAUCAUUAAUUGGGAAUCUUGCGCGCAUGUAUACCUGUAUCGUCGACGUCACGCUUUAUACAAUGUAGGCUUUUUUAUGUAUAAAUAUCCGAGAUGGCGUUGCCUUUCCUUUGUAGCUCAAUUGGUGAUGACUACUGCAUCGUACCCUUGGUCACAAAAAAGUACUGUACCGUACGUUCACCCAAGGGAGAUUGAUGCCACGCACAAAUGUUUGGCCAAGAUGGUGGCAUACGUUUUACCGACAUCAUCACACAUCCUCUCUCCGCGCUAUUAAGUUUCCAUCCAUUCUCGCUCACCUCGCCUUAACCACGACCCACCGCCCAUCCAUCCCAUCCCCCUCCUUCCUCUUCACACUGCCCCUCCCGCUCUCCCGCUCCACCCACGCCUCGGGCGUCACGUCCUCCGCGGCCUCUGACACCGCACUGAGCACGAGCGCCCGCGCGAGCCACGCGUGCGUCUGCGGCGCGGAGAGGGAGAGCUCGCGGUACGCGCCGCGCACGACGAGCCACGCCGUGUCGCGUGCGCGCAGGCGCAGACGGUGGACGAGCAGGAGGAGGGAUUCGCGCGGAAGGUCAAGAUUGGGGCCGGGGCUCGCUUUCGCUUUCGUUUCGGGGGCGCCAUUCCUCUGCGCUUCCGAUGGCAAGGAUGCGGCAAAGUGAGCGAACUGUGAAGGCUCCGAGAGCCCGUGCGUCUGCACGAAGUUGAAAGUGCGGAGGCUGCGCGCGAGUGCGGUGAUCCAGCGGUACGCGUCCGAGCUUCGGUCGAGGACGUUGGGCGAGAUCGCGGUGAGCUGGGCGAGGUACUCUCGCUGCGACGGGUACGCGGUGACGAGGCGGUGGAGGAGGGAGAUCAGGGCGACUACGAGUCUGGUGUUGGGGUUCGGGCUGGAGGUUGAGGUUGGUCUUGGAUUGGGAAAAGUUGGUAUUGAGCAGAGGUCCGAGCCGAAAUGCGAGAGGAUGGACGUCGUCUGGACGGGCGAGUCGAAUAUGGCGGCGAGGAGAAGCGAGGUUUCGUAGACUUCAGUGGCGAAUGCAUCUGAUCUCCCGGAAGAAGAGAUGCCCUCUCUGAGUUUCCGAAACAAGAUCAGAAUGUUCUCCUGCCUCUCCUUUCGCUGGUUGACCUGCACCUCCGUUUCAGAUGGUCUUCCGCCAGGUCUGUGGUCCGCGAAGAAGGCAUCGAUCUUCCCGCGUAUAAACACCCUAUACUCCUCCUGCGUCUUGAACUCCUUCAACCUGAAUCGCUAUGCCCGAUCAGCUGUGUCCUCACACCACUCUCUACUGCCCAUCAGAGCACGCGGAAUGAGUGGUAGAUGAGAAUAAACGCAGCCUUACGCAUUCCCGUCGCGCUCGAGCCCGCCGCUCCGGCUGACGGAGGGCAUCAGCUCCAUGUCACGCGUCGUGCGCGAUCCUGAGCCACCCCUUCCGGCCCCCCAAGCACGGCCGCGGGUGCUGCUGCGCUGGCCUGGCGGGCCAAGGCCACUUCCGCGGGGACGGGUGCCGGUACUUGUCUGUGGCUGAGGUUGUGCAGUCCGAUUCGGAGGCUGGCUUGGUGAGCUUGAGUUUAGGUUGGGCACGCCGCCGCCACCGCCGCCACGACCACGACCGCGUCCUCUGGUCCAGACGCCUCGUUGUGGCUGCAUAGAAU